AUAAAGCAAGUUCAAAGCAAGUUUUGAAUGGUUUAGCUGGAAUAAUUGUUAACAACUGGCAUUAACAGCAUACAGGAUGGACAUUCAGAAAGAAGAGGUGGGUGAUAACCACAGCCAGCUGAACAUGGAAGGGGCUCUGGUUGCCCGGGACAGAGUUGGGGUACAGGACUUCGUUCUUUUGGAUUCCCACACCAGUGAGGCUGCUUUCUUGGACAACCUUCGCAAGCGAUACAGAGAGAACCUCAUCUAUACAUAUAUUGGUACACUUCUAGUAUCUGUGAAUCCCUACAAAGAGUUGGAUUUCUACUCAGUUAAACAGAUGGAGAUUUAUCAAGGUGUCAACUUUUUUGAACUGCCACCACAUAUAUAUGCCAUAGCUGACAAUGCUUACCGGGUAAUGUGUGCUGAAUACAAUAACCACUUCAUCCUCAUCUCUGGGGAGAGUGGUGCUGGGAAAACAGAAGCCUCCAAGAAGAUCUUGCAGUACUUUGCCGUGACCUGCCCAACUACGGAACAGCUGCAAAUAGUCCGUGAUCGCUUGCUGCUCUCCAAUCCAGUUCUGGAGGCUUUUGGAAACGCAAAAACUCUGCGUAAUGACAACUCAAGUAGAUUUGGAAAAUACAUGGAUAUCCAAUUUGAUUUUAAGGGAGCUCCAGUGGGAGGGCAUAUCCUCAGUUACCUGAUUGAGAAAUCCCGAGUCGUUCAUCAAAACAAUGGGGAACGGAAUUUCCAUAUCUUCUACCAGUUGCUGGAGGGUGGGGAAGAUGACCUGCUUCGCUGGCUAGGACUGGAGCGCAACCCGCAGAAGUACAUGUAUCUUAUACAGGGUCGAUGUGCCAAAGUGUCUUCCAUUAAUGACAAGAGUGACUGGAAAACAGUCCGCAAAGCCUUCUCGGUCAUUGACUUCACUGAAACAGAUAUUGAGCAUCUCUUUGGGGUCAUUGCCAGUGUCCUGCACCUGGGAAAUAUUCAGUAUGAAGAAGAUAGUAACGGUCAUGCCAUCAUCACCAACGGCAGCCAGAUCAAAUGGAUCUCAAAGUUAUUGGGCGUCCACUUAUCCAUUCUACAGGAAGCUCUUACACACAGAAAGAUAGAAGCCAGAUCAGAAGAGGUCCUAAGUCCCCUGAACAUAGACUUGGCAUUCUGUGCUCGGGAUGCAGCAGCUAAGGCGAUUUAUGGACGGACUUUUACUUGGCUAGUCAACAAAAUUAAUGGAUCUUUAGCCAACAAGGACCUCACGAGGAAAACGGUGAUUGGGCUGCUUGACAUCUAUGGGUUUGAAGUGUUUGAUACAAACAGUUUUGAACAGUUCUGCAUUAAUUACUGCAAUGAAAAGCUCCAGCAGCUGCUAAUCGAAAUGACUCUGAAGGCAGAGCAGGAGGAAUAUGAGAUGGAAGGCAUAGAGUGGGAGCCAAUUCCAUAUUUCAACAACAAGAUAAUCUGUGACUUAGUUGAAGAGAAACACAAAGGAAUAAUCUCCAUACUGGAUGAAGAAUGUUUACGGCCUGGUGAAGCAACUGAUUUAAGCUUCCUGGAAAAGUUGGAAGAGAAAGUAGGAGAUCAUGCCCACUUCUUGACCCGCAAGCUUGCAGAUCAAAAGACACGAAAAUCAAUUGACUGGGUGGAUUUCCGUCUCCUUCACUAUGCAGGGGAGGUCACUUACUGUGUAAUAGGAUUCCUAGAGAAGAAUAACGAUCUCCUGUACAGAAACCUAAAAGAGGUACUGUGCAAGUCUAAAAAUGGCAUAAUUAAAGAAUGUUUUCUUCCAUCUGAGCUAGACAACAGGAGACGGCCUGAGACUGUUGCAACCCAGUUCAAAAACAGCCUGGCUAGCCUAAUAGAAAUCCUGAUGUCCAAGGAGCCGUCUUACAUCCGGUGUAUUAAACCCAACGAGGGCAAAGAACCUGGAAAGUUCGAUGACGUCCUGAUAAGACACCAGGUGAAGUACUUGGGGUUGAUGGAGCACUUGCAGGUGAGGCGAGCUGGCUUUGCAUACCGGCGAAAGUAUGAACUCUUCUUGCAGAGAUACAAGUCCCUGUGCCCGGCUACUUGGCCUCAUUGGCACGGAACAGCAGCUGAUGGUGUGGAGAGGCUCAUAAAGCACAUUGGGUACAGACCUGAAGAAUACAAACUAGGAAGAACGAAAAUAUUCAUUCGUUUCCCAAGGACUCUGUUUGCCACAGAAGAUGCAUUUGAAUUCAGCAAACACCUGCUAGUUACGAGAAUACAGGCCAGAUACAAAGGCUGCUUAGGGAAGAGAGAAUACAAGAAACAGAAGGAAGCAGCUAUUAAGCUUGAGGCCUGCUGGAGAGGGGCGCUGGCACGCAAAGAGGCCAAGAGAAGAAUGUGGGCUGUUGAGACCAUCAGAAGGUUUAUAAAAGGCUUCAUAAAUCGAAAAAAUCCUCUUUGUCCAGAAAACAAUGAGUUUAUAAACUUUGUGCAGUACACCUAUCUCAGGAAGCUCCGAGACCACGUUCCCAAUAACGUCUUGGACAGGAACUGGCUCAAGCCUCCUGCUAUCUUGGAAGAGACCUCUGAGAUGCUGAAGAAAAUCUGCAUGAGGAACCUAGUGCGACAAUAUUGUCAAGGGAUUACAGCUGAGAAGAAGGCCCAGUUGCAGCAAAAAGUAGUAGCGAGUGCCAUUUUCAGAGGGAAGAAGGAUGGCUACCCGCAGAGCAUAAGCCAGCCCUUUGCAGACACCAGGCUAAGUGAGAAAGACGUAAACCCCAAAGUACUGCAACUAAUUCGUGGUGAGAAGGUCAAGUAUGGGACGCGAGUUGUAAAAUACAACAGGAAUGGGUUUAAAGCACGAGAACGGCAACUUGUUCUGACCCAGUCAGCAGCUUAUGUGGUGGAAAUGGCCAAGAUCAAACAGAAAAUAGACUACGCAACUCUGAAAGGUGUUUCUACCAGCAAUCUGAAUGAUGGGCUCUUGGUCAUCCACGUUCCUGAGGGCAACAAACAGAAGGGAGACGUGAUCCUUCAGUGUGAGCACAUCUUCGAGACCGUCACAAAGCUCUGCAUGCUGGCCAAUAAGCAGAACGCUGUCCAAGUUGUCCAGGGAAGCCUCCAGUUUCACAUCAGUUCUGGGAAAGCAGGGAUGAUAGCUUUCACAACUGGGCAGGCGCCUCAGAUCUAUAAAGCCAAAAAUGGACACCUAACAGUGGUGUCAACUAGAACAAAGUCCUAAUGGUGAACAGGAAUUCCUCUUUUGCUCAUCGCUUUCUUUGUUCAUACCAGGAAGGAACCCACUGGAUGAGAUCAGCAGUGACAUCUUCCAGCUGAAAGCUUUCUGCUGCCAUAAGACUAUUGUGAUUAGAGUUCACCUGCAUCAUUUCAGCACUUCAGGGUUUUUUUAAACUAAAGUUUAAUAUUCAACUGUAGCUAACUCUAGAUUCUGUUAUGUUGCUGUAACAUUUCAAUUGAUGUAGAUUCUAGUUACUAAUACUAAAUGUCAAAUCUGGUUAACCCAAACGAUGAAAUUCUCUAACAUGCAAAAUAGCUUUGUCUUAACUUACUAGGUAAGUCAAGUUUAAGAUCUUAAUCAUCCAGGAAAGACUUUGAGGAAAAAGAAAAGCGGUUGAGUAGGGAUCAAUGAGCAAUUCAUGGCACUAACCAGGAGUAAUGCACAAACUGCAGACUGGCAAAUGUGGCAGUAUGGUCUGGAACCAGCUCUGCCCCCAUGGGGCAGCAGUUUGACUUCACCCUGAUGCACCAGAGACUAAGUGGACAGAACGAGUGUGUGCUCUGAACACAGCAAGAAUAAGGCUAGCAACACAUUCUCUUUACUUGACUCAACAUAGUACUAGAUGAGGUUGCUUAGCUGGAAAGCACAUUCACCCAGCUUUCUUUCUGGCCAGUUAGUGUCUAUAGUAGACAGAAUUCGAGUCAUUCUUCAUGUCUGGUAUAUUAAUGGCUAUACACAGCGCCCUGUAUGAGUACAAGGCCCUGAAUAGUAAUGAAAUGAAAAUAAAAGAUGGGGGCGAACAACAUUCUUUGACUUUAAAUUUAAUUGAGCUGAAACAACAGAAUGUAAGAAUGGCCAAAGGUCCAUCUAGCC